GUCUUGAUAUACUUUUAAUCCCUUAUCACAGACCCUUAUUCUGUGCUUUUAAUAUUUUAUUUUAGCAAUGCAGAAAGAUAGUUUUGAUGCCUUAUUCAAUUCACCAGACGAAGUUGAUAUUGAAUUGAAACAGAGUGGGGAAGAAAUAUUCGUGUCUAAUGGAGGAAGACACCAAAUCCCUGGUUAGUAUAUUAAAUAGCAUCAAAGGUCAAUUAAUGUUUACAUUAUACAUAUUUUAUCUCGGUAUAGAAAAAGCUCGGUUUUUUGUUAGUUGGCUGAGCAGUGGAUAUCACAAUUAUGAUAUUAAUCUCAUGUUUGUUAAUACAAUGUCAAUUAAGCUAUAAUAUUUAAUAUCCAUUAAAUACCAUUGGUGAAAAUGGGAUGUUUAUGUACCACCCCUCCCCUUCAACAUCAUUUUAUCCCCCAUGUUUGGUAUGGGUGUACUUUGUUAACCCAUUCAGUGCCAGCACUCUUCCCUUGACAUGAAACUUUUUCUGGCAUCAUGAAAGAUGAAAGAGUAAAACAUAUGAUAGAGUAGGGACUCGGUAGGCAGUAGGGUGCAUCAGGGCCAGUGUGGAAAGUUUGUAUUGCACGGCGGAUAUCUCCGGCGCGCAAUUUUGAUGCUCUCUAUAUACUUACUAUUAAUUAAAUUUUCGAAAUCUCCGCCGUGCAAUUUCCAAACUUUCCAGUCAGGUAUCAGGGGCCCGUCGACAAAUAGAUUUCGUCCACCGAUCGCGGACUUGUUCCGCAAUUGCUUCAACCCCCCCCCCCCCAUCGCAGACCAAUCCAACAAUUUUUUAGCCAGAAAAUUAAGUUUUGUCCUGAUUAUUUUGUACUUGCAGAUUCAAGGCUCUCCUUCCCAUCAUGGGUGGACAAAAUCUAUCUGUUGACGGUCCCUUAGGGUGCAACGCAACUUAAUUUUAUCAGCUUUUGAAAAACUGGCUGCAGGCUAUUUUCCUCCUCCACCAGACAGCAGCUGUUUUACAUACUUGUCAAAUAGUUAACUUUCUGCAUACAGUAUUAUUACGUAAACUAUUUUCUCUGCAGAGAAAUAUGUAUUACAUGGCAUAAAUGGUCAAACAUUUCAUGGCUCAGGGCUCACAACUGUAAAUGAUGUUCAGAAACAUGUUAUUAAAAGCCAAGAAUCAUAUCCACUUACGUUGAAGUUUAAAAAAAGAAGUGGCGAAGCAAAAUGUAUAUCACAACAUAGUCUGAAGGUAUUUAUAUACCCAUCAAGCUGCAAUGUGCCCAAUGCACAGACUUUUACUUUGUCAAUAUUAUUGUAAAUUUGUUAAUAUUUCAAUAUUAACCACACAGCUUCCAGUACCAGAAGAUUUCUUUGGAGAUUAUCCAGAGUUAACACCAGAGGAAGUUGAUGAAUAUGUUAAUUUAGCACAUUCAUGGGUGGACGGCCUUCUGGAAGCUGAAAAUUGCACACAGGUAAGGAAUCUAAAUUGAAAGAAAAUCUAUUGAGGUCUGUGUUCUGUGGCUGUUGUGCACACGGCAGAAAUUACGACCUUGUACUCAGGAUCCCUGUGUUUAAAGGUUUACCAGAACCUUUAAACACAGGGACCCUGAGCAUGAGGUUGCAGAAAUUAAGGAGCAACAAGGGGUGUUUAGGGAAUUCAAAAUCGAGGCGAAGGGAUAAACUAGGGAGUUACAUAGUAAUUUUACCUUCCAGAAAGCAGUCGGAUGACUUAUUACAGUAUGUCACCCAAAGUUUUCAUGAAAGAUUUAUUCCUAGCAAUUUAAUAUAUACAUGCAACAUGAGUGGAUUCACUGGGGGGGGGGGGUUAAACCCCCCUAGAAUCUCUCUAACCCCUCUUAUAAAUUAGUGUUCAACCCCACCAAAAUUUUGCUUUGCCCCUCCUAUUUUGUGUGAAAGUCUUUAACCUUAACGCCUAACCCCUGUCGAAGCUCGCUCAGUCGUGCUGCUCGCACCCCACCAGAAAUGUUUCUACCCCUCCUUUAAACGAGAAAUGUUUCUACCCCUCCCCUAAAAUCUGCCCUUGAUGCGCAAUAGAAAUUGAAACUUAAUUCCCAAUUCGUCAUGAUAUCCCAUUCAACAGGAAUUCAACUUUGUAUGCACAAAAGAUGGCGUUGAUAUUUAUCAAGGAAAGGUCCCCGGCAGUAAGGUAUGUUAAGCUUUAAAAGUUUAUGAAAUAAUUAAACCAUCUAAUUUUGGGAAUCAUAAAAAAAUGUAACAAUUAUUAAAUGAGGUUGAAAAAAUAAUUAACAAUUAUUAAAUGAGAUUGAAAAAAUAAUUAACAGUUUUUAAAUGAGGUUGAAAAAAUAAUUAACAAUUAUUAAAUGAGGUUGAAAAAAUAAUUCACAAUUUUUAAAUGAGGUUGAAAAAAUAAUUAACAAUUAUUGAAUGCGGUCAUGCAGAUCAAGAAUUCAAGCCUGACGUUUGUGUUAUCAACCGAAGCCAAAGGUUGUUUGGCAGUGUUUGGACUCUAAAACUUUCCCCAUCCCCCAAAAAAAUACUAUUAAAAAAUUUAAAAAAAAACUACUAAAAAUUUAAAAAAAAACACCCUCCCGCCUCUGAAAAUUUGUGAGAGUGUGACGCUAACCAAGUAUUUUUUUAAUUUGGCUAAUGUUAUUUUUCCAGGGUUUUUUUAUUUGCCUAAUGUUAUUUUUCCAGAUUUUGUUGGUGAAAAAAUGUAAGAAAAGUUUAAAAUUAUAUGUAUAACUUACAAGUUAUCACUUAUAAUUUCAGAUUCAUUUAAUUCGAGGUAAAUCAAAGAUCCGAGCAACGAAAGAAGAAAUGAAAGCCAUGAUGAUAGCACCUUCUUCUGACACGUUCCGUAGGCUAUUUCACAUGAUUGGUAUGAAACUUUUUGUUUUUACUUAAUUGACUCGGCAAAGAACAAGUUUGUCUUCAAUCUGGAACGGGGUCAAAAAAGAUUUCAACCAUUAUUUUCCCCAUUUACCAACCACCCUCCCUCCCAUACCAGGUGAUUUGAAAACACAGAAAAGAACUGGGACUAGUUGUAAAAUAGAAAUCCAUUUUUCGAUUAAAACUACUUAAUAUCUCGUGAAAUAUAUCAUACUUUGCUUCCAAAUUUAAAAUAGACUUAUUUUUCCCACUACUAAGCAUAAUUACAAAGUUUAAACUAGUUUGAUAAAAGAUAACGAAAGAUACUAGUGUUUAAAUAAAGCAAAAUGGAUUUCUAUUCUGCUCUUAGUUCCAGACCUUUUCUUCACGGUCAAAUCAGCUAGAAAUAGUGACCACUCCCUUAAUCAUUAAUAUGUGGAUUUUCAUUUUUUUAAAGAUGCUGUAAAGUCCGUUCUGCGCAUAUAUUCUGCGCAUCAACACAUUCCAUCAGUGGGGGAGCAACCUUUGGAAUGUUGUUAAAAUUUCGCACCUUCCGAACUUUCUUGAAUUGAAUCUGUAGUCUGCAUUCAUUUACAAGCAUAGCGAACCGGAAGAGUCUUAAGAAUUCAGUGUAAUAUAUAUCUAAUCAUAUUUUACAACUGUAGCACUGAGUUCAAAAUGCAAACAAAGCGUUUGUUUACAUUUAAUACGGACUUUACAUCACCUUUAAAAGGAGGAGUGGAAAAAUUUCUAGUGGGGUGCAAGUGGCACCCCUGAGUGAACUUCGCAGGGGUUAGGCAUUAGGGUUAAAGGCUUUUACACAAAAUAGGAGGGUACGUGAAGCGAAAUUUCGGUGGGGUUGAACACUUUAUAAGAGGAGUUAUAUACUAUUAGAGAGAUUCUAGGAGGGGUUAAUCCACCCAUGUAGAUAAAUGCAAUCUCUGAAUACCUACCCAACGUUUCGAUUCUGGAUUUUAUUGUAUUUACUUCCCAAGGUGUUUCGCCAGUGUAUAAAUUCUAUAUAAGAAUUUUUCUUUUUCUAGACGGCAAUUUCUCAGACGGUUUGAUGUUGCAUAAGUUCCCAGAGGACUACAAGCAUCCAAACACGCCUGUCUAUGCCAUAAAGUGGGCAAUAUUUGACUCCCCGGGGCCAGUGAGUGCGCGAGAUGUGUGUUGGUUGGAGUAUGGUGAUAUCAGACUUGACGAACAUGGUAACGAAUUUGGAUUUGGUGUGGUGAGUAUGGAUGCCAUCACACUGUCUGACCUUUAGGUUGGGUUAUUUAUCCACCUAACAUAUUCUGGUUAAUGAAGGAUGUCCUGGUUACAUUAAUUAGACUCUGGUAGGAAAUGAAAAAUAACCAGGAAAUUAAAUAGGGUUAUUUUAACCAUGAUGUUUUUAGAGUGUAUUCUUCUAUUUCUAGGCGUCAUCUAUACUCCGUCCAGAAUGUCCUGAACUUAGUAAUCUGUGGUUAAUCCGGGCUGAGAUGCUCUGUUCUGGUUAUGUAUUUAGACGAAGUAAAGACCCAGAAGUUUUAGAUGUAAGUUGUGAAUUCAAUUUCACAUUGAAAUGUUGGAAACGGCUGCUAGUACGCUUCGAUAGAUAUAUGAGAUUUUGUGCAUGUAUAGAAUGUUAAAAGCCAUUUUUUCAAUCUUUCAAGUCAAAGUGAAGAAAUUUAAAAUAAAAGCCCACCAUAUCCUUUUCAGUGCAUAAUUGCCCAGGUGCUUCAGAGAAGAAAAGAUAAUUGCGCUACUGGCUACUAUAUAGAGAUCAGGGCGAGCGCGCAGGGGUGCUUGGGGAGGACGGGAAAGCUUUCUCCGUCUCUUCCUCCCCAAGCGCCCCUGCGCGCUCGCUCAGCUUAGCCACUGAUCUCUAUAUAGUAGCUUAGCGCGGUCAUAUAUUUUUCUCUAAAGCGGCUGGGUACGAGGCCGUGUGAACGUCAUUUUACUUCCAGGUGACGUAUGUGAUCCAAGCAGAUCCCAAAGGAUGGCUUCCUGUGUGGGCAAUAAAUAUGUUCGCAUGGCAACAAGCUUUGAAUUUAGCAAGAAUAAGAUCUACUUGUGAGGUAUGUCACGAUUUAAUGAAUUCAAAAGGUAAUAUAAUUUAUCAUUUAUAGACUCGGAGCGAGGGGGAUUCGGCGAAAUAUUACCCUGAGUGAUGAUAUUUCCCGAGAGGCUUUAUAUGCCCCCUUCAAGUGGCAAUGCGCUCUACUUUAUUAUUUUACUCUGUCUAAUGCUAGACGACUUUAAUCGUCAGGUGGAGAGUGCUGCCACUGAAUGGAUUAAUAAUGACUUCUUUCGUUUCAAAGGGUAUAGUAAAAGCAAUGAAAAAAAUUGACCAACAACAUAACAGAAAAGAAGGUAUUUUUAACCUAUUGAGCAUUUUCCUGCAAUUUCAGGUCACAAAGCUUUUCAAUAUGACGUCGUAUAAAGUCACAAGAUCAUGUCAUAAUAAUAUGACGUCAUAAUAUGACGUCACGAGUGUUUAACACAGAAUUAGAACAUUGAUAGAUUGAAACAACAUUGAUAGAUUGAUUGAUAGAGAUGGAUUUAACGUUUGUAAAUUAACGUGGUUUUUAAAACCACGUCAAAGCAGCGUCGAUGUUAAGUUGUAGAUGUCGCAAUCUUUCGACUUCUUCUACUAAAUGCGACGUCGAAUGUGUGACCGCUUCGAUGUCCCGUAACUGUAAUACGUUUUUAAUACUUUUUUAAUACGUUCUAGCCCCAGUUCAAGGCGUACUGAUCUCUCACGGUCAGUCGUAUGAUGUUCAUAUUACGGUUGAAGCAAGCGGUACUUUAAUAUUUGGUUUUUGUUCAGAAAAUCAUAACCUUGGGUACGUGAGUGUUUGUAUUUGUUUUAGUUUGGUUGCGUGUUUGCUACUGUCAGACCUUGACCCAGUGAAUGCCUGAGCCAGACUUGUUUGUUGAUAACUUGCCCACCAGAGCAUUUCCCAUGCAAAUCCUAUGAAACUUUCAAUCUUAAAUUGAAUGCCAUUUCUUCCAUAUUGCUACUUAGGCUUAGCUUGAUUAGCCCUUAUAGUUAUUUCUUUGUAGCCUUUACUCUAUAUUUGUAUAUAUAAUGUAUUUUGUUGUAAAUUAUAGUAUUCACGCCAGAGUAUUAAUAAAUUAUUUGUUUGUUGUUGUUGUUGUUGUUGUUGUUGUUGUUGUUGUUGUUGUUGCUGUUGCUGUUGCUGUUGCUGUUAUAUAGGCUCACACUUUCCCCUUUUACUAAUGUUGAGGAGCUCUCUUCAUUUUCUUCAUUUCGUAUCUUUUUCAGUUUUCAGUUAACAGGAGUCCCCAAGAGUAAUCCUUGGGCGAAAUAUAAACGCUAUGAAUGUCACGUAAAUCCUGUCUAUGGCAAAGUAAGUGUUAUUAGGGGCUGUUCAUAUGAGUCUAUAGCCGGAAAGAUUCCUACACUUGGUCAAGUUCAAAUUUGAUUGUCUCGAAUACUUUUAUGUAAAUUAUUAAUAAGUAAUAGCAUGGUUUCUCGUGAAAUUUGAAUAAACAUGCACUCGUGAGUUUUUUCGAAAAGCUCAAAUGGCACUUAAGCCUAUGUUUAGUUUUGUUUGCACGAACCGACUUUUUGAUCACAUGAACAGACCUUUUGAUCACAUGAACAGACCUUUUGAUCACAUGAACAGACCCAAAUAGUGCUAUCUCUAUGUUAACCAGGAAAUUUUGAGUCGGUAUUUACAUAGCCGACUCAACGCUCCACAGAGCGUCUUGUUUGCCAUUUUUGAUUGAUCUGUCUUCCUUAUGUUUCUCAGGUGUCACUGGAGAAAGGACAAUAUGCGCUUCACUUGGACAAUACAUUUAGUUGGUUACGAUCAAAACAUGUCUACUACUGGUACAAAGUAUUUUGACUGAGAAUGGUAAUGCAGCAAUUGAAUGUUCAACAUUGUCGGUCCAAACUGAAUAUCCGCGGGUUCGGAGACGUACCAAUUAAUGAUGGAUAGUGAUUUUUUCAACCGUUGCAAAAAUGCUAAAAAUGUUAUAAAAUUAACAAUAAUAAUAAAUAAUUUAUUAAUUUAUAAAGCGCUAAUGAUGGAUAUGGACCUCCCAAUUAAUAAAAAGAAACUUUAAUUUAUUAAUGCUAAUGUUUAAUCAGGCCUAAAAAAUAUACUUGUGGUUCCGGUUUCAUAUCGUGACAAAAUUAGGGUCGGUAGGUUGGAAAUAAUUUUUUUUUGUCCCAGAGAGUAAUUGUUUUCCACCCCUGCGGCUGACCCUAAUCUAACCCCGACCCUGACCUCUAACCCUAUAUUCGACCGGGACGUCGUUGUUAAAUAGCCAGGCUAUGUUAGGUGGUAAAUUACCAAGUAAAUUACCAACACCUGGUUACUUAUCCACCUGCCAUAGUCUGGUUGAUUCAACCAAGAAAUCCUGGUCAGAUUAACUAAACUGUAGACUCUAGUGCAGUAUAGUGGGAAAAAGAUUAAAAUAACCAGCCGGAAAUUUAACGCAGAUAGGGUUAUAUCUGUGUUAACCAGGAACAUUUUAACCAGAGUGGUUUUAGGGUGUAUGUUUCCAUUCUAAAUUUCGAAGAUCGGACAGUGAUUUUUUCCGCAUUUUUUGUACUAAUGCUUUAAAUGCUGUAAAACUACGGAUAUCGAACUUAAAAUAAAAUAAAAAGAACUUUAAUUUUA